AUGGUUGACUUUUUUCUGUGCUUCGAUUGGGAUGGUUGGGUGAGCCCAACAGGGACAAAGGCCCAGUCGAGGAAGAGGGUCAUGUGGGGCCGGUUACAAGUGGGCAAUGGGCAAAUUUGCAGCCCCCGAUCUGAUCUGCUCUUCACAUGCUCGACCGCUUUUGCGACAAAUACCUCUCUGUACACGACUUCACUCAACCGGUUCUUUCUCGUUGCGAUCUUCCUCACUCCACCAUUUCGAAUAAUGAAGACAAAGGUCGGGCGGACUGGCCCCAUCAAGGCUACUACCCCAUUCGGGGACGAGUUCCGCACCAGCAAGAAAGACAAGCGGCAGAUCAAGCAUGCGACUCUGAUGUCUAAGAUCGCGAAAAGCUCCAAGACUCAAAAGAAGCGUCGCCCCUCGAAGAAAUUGGUCGCCAACCUCGAAUCCCUCGCCGAUGCCCUCCCAGACGCCGCCGAUAACUCCCACGAUGCCGCCAGUCAAGUGAACAUUAUCAAACAGAAGACCCUCCGCCACAAGCCCGGGGCGAUGAAGCGUCGCGAAAAGCUGGAGAAGGUGGAACGGGACCGAUUUGCGAAGAAUAUGGCUCAAAUGGCGAGCAUGCAGUCCGCUGCUGCUCCUGCUGCUCCUGCUGCUGCGAGCGAGGCUGUGCCCGAAUCCAAUCCGACUGCCAACCGCUGGUCUGCGCUGCGCAAUUUCAUUUCACAGACGAUGGAACAGCAGCCUGUCUUCAAAAACAACAAAUAA